UGGGUUGAUUUACCGAGUUGAUAACCAGCCUCGUAGGACCGCUUCGUGUUUGUUAGAGUUAUUGAAUCCAGAUAACUCAAAGAUAUCCCGGGUAUGUUGAACUGGCUUCGUCGUACAGGACUCCGGAGUAAAUUCACGAGCAGAAACGGUACUUUUGGGUCCAGGUUACUUCAAAUAAGCCGAUAAAUGGAUUCCAGCUUAGAGGAAUGUUUCUGCUGUUCUGUCUGCCUGUGUGAGAGUUUCCUAUACGAGAGAGGUCGGAGAUCCCCAGAGGCUCUCUGCAGUCUGCACUCUGAGAAACUCACACUCUUCUGUCUGGACCAUCAGCAGCCAGUGUGUGUCGUCUGCAGAGAUUCAAAAACACACACCAACCACAGAUUCAGACCCAUCAAGGAAGCGGCACAGGAUCUCAGAGAGGAGCUCCAGAGAUCUCUGAAGCCCUUCAAGAAGAAGUUAAAGACUUUUGAAGAACUUAAAUGUAAGUGUGCUUACACAGCAGGAUACAUGAAGGACCAGGCUCAACACACAGAGACGCAGAUUAAGGAGCAGUUUAAGAAGCUUCACCAGUUUCUAGAAGAGGAAGAGGAGGCCAGGGUGGCUGCACUGAGGGAGGAAGAAGAGCAGAAGAGGAAGAUGAUGGAGGAGAAGAUGGAGGCUGUGAGCAGAGAGAUAGCAGCUCUUUCACACACAGUCAGAGCUGCAAAGGAGGUGCUGAGAGCUAAAGACGUCUCCUUCCUGAACAACUACAAGGCUGCAGUGGAGAGGCUGCAGCGCCCCCUGCUGGAGGAUCCAUAUCUGCCCUCAGGAGCUCUGAUAGACCAGGCCAAACACCUGGGCAACCUCAGCUUCAACAUCUGGAGCAAGAUGAAGGACAUGGUGUCAUAUCACCCUGUGAUCCUGGACCCAAACACUGCUGAUUCAAACGUAUUUGUGUCUGUAGAUCUGACCUCUGUGAGACUAAGAGAGGAGGAAGAAGAGCGAGGGGAGCGAGAGGAGGAAGCGGAACUUCUUGAUAAUCCAGAGAGGCUUAAUGGUUUAUACUGCUCCAUCCUGGGCUCUGAGGGCUUCAACUCAGGGACUCACAGCUGGGACGUCUGGGUUAGAGACUUUACAGAAUAUGCAGAAUGGCAACUGGGAGUGAUGCAAGAGGCUGUCGGCAGGCAGGAGGGCCCAAUGUUUGGACCAUGGUCAUUAUGGUUCAUUAAUGGUGAAUGUAAUGCAGAAUCCCCAGAUCAUAUCAUUGUUCUCCCAUUAGAGAAGAAGCUCCAGAGGGUCAGAGUGAAUCUGGACUGGGACGGAGGAAAGCUGUCGUUCUCUGAUCCUGACACUAACACACACAUACACACCUUCACACACACUUUCACUGAGAGGGUGUUUCCAUACAUUAACAAUCGGGAUGCUCUCCCACUGCAGAUUUUACCAGUGACGGUCUCUGUGAGGGUAGAACAACAAGAAUAGAUGUAGUUACACACAUUACUGAUGUCAAAUCAUUAGAAUUAUUAACUCAAAAGAAGUUGUUACAAUUUGUAUUAUGCCCUUUUACAUGUAUAGGGCUACGACAAGAUGUUUGAUUAUAUCUUCAAAGUGACGUCUCUGUAUUUGAACAGCAGGUAACCCUUUGAAUUUCAUUGAUUUGUUCCUUGAUAUACGAUGUUUUAUUUUACAUGAUUCGUCCAUUGUUAAUCAUUAGAGCUUAGAUGAUUCUCAACUGGAAAAUAAAGUGUUAAAGUCUA